ACGCGCAGGCGACUGGUUCGAGCUUUCAAGACCCUCAUCGGGAGAGACCAUCUAAGGGAAAACAACCAUACCAAACCAUACCAAAUACCCAUACAAGUUGUACAAAUUUUAAAGGAUUUUUAGUGGCCCGUUUGAGCGUCAACGCCUUCCGUGCGGUUUAGUUUUGUUUCGGCCUCUCUACCGGAAACAAUUUUGGUGUGAAAAUUUGCAUAAAAUUGCCUCGCAAAAACAACUAAAGAGUAGAAGAAUAAUCCACUAAACAAACCGACUUGAAGCCUCUGGGCAGUUUUUCAGUUUUCAAAGUGCGUGAGAAAUUCCCUGGGAGAGGGAGAACAGAUUCGUUUGUGUGCCGUGAUUUUAUAUAACACCUGCGAAAUCCAUUCCAAAACUAAGCUUCGACCUCAGACUCGAUUUCGAUUUUGGCUUUGUCCUUCGACCCCCGACCACCCACGCGAAACCAUCCGAAAUGCAGCCCCUGAAGCGCUUCACACAAUGCGGCAGCCUGACCAUGCUCUUCGGCGUCUUCAUCAUCCUCUUCGGGGUCAGCUCCACGGCAUUGACCACCUUCGGAAAGACCAAUAACGGGCCGCCGCCCACCCAUAUGCCCAUUGUCAAAGGACGCGAGUGCAGUGCCCAUGAUGACUGUACAGCGAUAGAUCGCACCAGCUGUGUUAAGGACCCCAACGACUACAAAAUGCGUUGCCUUUGCGGCGAUGACUCGGCACCCGCGGCUGGGAACUGCCCGGAUGUACUCAAAGGACUGCGCCACAAGUGCAACAGCAACAACGACUGUGAGGACGGAAUGGUCUGCCAGUAUGAGAAUAGCAACCGCACCAUCGGCGUCUCCAAGUUCAUGUCGAGCAAGACCAAAUUGUGUCUCUGCGACAAUGACAACGGCUACGUGGAGGACAUACUCCAUGACAUCUGCAGUGGAGCCAGUCUUCAGGGUCUGGUCAAUAUGUUGAUGUCGAUCUGCUCGCUGCUGGCGCCCUUCGUGGUGUCCGCCCACAUGCGGAAGCAUUUCUAGAAGCCGGGAAGACGGGACUUACGACGAAUCGAAUCGAAGCUUGGCGUUUAUCUCCCUUUAGUGAUCCAUCAAAUGUGCCUCAGUAAAACCAAUUCAAAGAGAUCAUAUCCCCCAUCGCCCUCACCAAAUAAAAAGAAGAAGGAAAGGAAAGAAUAAAGAUAUAUGUAGUUACAAUCGCCAUUAGCCUAAAGGUCGUUCUAUUGUAUAAGUUUCAUAUAUACCACCGUCAAUUUUAUUCGCUUCUCACCCAAGGUCGCGUUAUACAAUACGAUAUACAGAACAAUAUAUAUUAUCUGAUAAUGGUUUUCUAUAGAUCCCAUAACCAACCCCUAGUCUGUAUUCCACAAAUUAGUAAAACGAAAUUAAUUCUACAAAAACAUUAACAAAUGUCUGCACAAUUUUAUUGUAAUUUUAUAUGUACUCAGAUGUGUGUCCAACAAUUAUAAAAAAAGAAAAAAAAAAAAAACGCAUAUAUU